GGUGGAGAAAAUGAAGAUAAUUAAACAAGACAGAGUGAGAGAGACGGAAGCAAUUAACAGCUGCAAUAAAGAAGUAUCUGCUGUUGUAUUAAAAGAAAGUAAUUGACCUGGAAUACUUCUCCUCUAUAUAAUGAAGCAGAGUAGGAAUUGUGGUGGAGGACAAGUCCACCAUCCCUAGCUAGCUACUGGGAAUUUGGGAGUGGUUUUUUGAUUGUAAUUUUAAGUGGAGAUUUAGGCCUUGGUUGACCAUGAGCCGGAAUAACCACGGGAGGAAUCUAAUGAUGGAGCUGAAGUUAAACGUGGCGGCGACCCAGAGGAGGGCUAGAGCCGGGCCGUCGACGCGGGCGGAGGACGAAGAGGAGAUGCCAGUGUCGCCGCCGAGCUCGUGCGUGUCGGAGGAGGAGAGAGAAGAGGGGGAGAACAAGUCACCGGAGGCUGCCGCCCCCAUGAUGCUCGUCGGUUGCCCUCGCUGCCUCAUGUACGUCAUGCUUUCCGAGAAGGACCCAAAGUGCCCCAAGUGCAAAAGCACGGUGCUAGUCGAUUUCCACCGAGGCGGCGGCGGCGGCGGGUCGAGGAGGAGCUAAUUACCUCUGAGCAAAAAAAAUCAUGAUAGAGAGUAAUUGCAUAUUAAUAACAUAAAUAGUUAAUCUUAUUUUGAGAAAUUAAUCUCCCUUAAUAUUAUUUAUUGCCAACGAUUCAUGCAUUUGCCAUGACUUUUCACUAUUAUCGUUGUAAUUUUGUUGAAAUUUAGACUAAUGGAAAGUUAUGAGAAAAAAAUU